AUGGCGGAAGGGUUUUUACCGAAGAAACAAACAACCCACCCAAUGGUAGUGCCAUCACCACUACUGGAGGGACGUCAAACUCAGACAGGGUAA